AUGAAUUCCAAAAAUUAUAUUUUUAUUUUUAUAAAUAUUUUUAUUUAUAAUUUGGUUUAUUCAAGUCAAGAAAAAAUAUUAGAUACAAGUAAUGAUCAACAAUGGUUGAAAUCAUUUAAACAAACUCCUGAUAAUGUUGUUGAAGUUGAAGUUCAAGGUAAAAUUAAUAAUUUCCGAUUAUCAACUGGUUCAUCACAUCAAGAUUGUAUUUAUUCAACUGAUACAUAUUCAAUUGAUUUAUCAAAAAUGGAAGGUCAAGAUUUUACAAAAUUAUUUUAUCCUGAAAUGAUUCAUUUUAGUUUAUGUGGAGCAAGUAGUAUUUGUGAAAAAAUUACAGGUGUAAAUGGUAGUCAAAUUUGUAAGGAUAUUACAUCAAUAAAUAAAAUGAGUGAUGUUAUUGAUAUUAAAUUUGGUGAAGAUGGUAAUGAUUUACAAGUUUGUAUUUAUUCAACAUCAACAAAGAUUUCCACAAUUUUAAAUUUCAUUUGUAGUUCAGGUACUUACCCACCAGAUGUAAUAAGAAAUGGUCAAGAUUACAUCAUUACUUAUUAUUCACCACUUGCAUGUCCAACACCAAUAAUAACACGUGAAAAAGAUAAAAAUAAAUUCUUUUCAUAUACUCCAAAAGUACAAAAUGAUAAAAAUAUUGCAUCAUUUGAAAUUUGUGAAAAUUCAACAAAUGUAAUUUCAUUUAAUGAUAAUGCUCAUUUCAUUAUUUUACCAAUAAAACCAAUUAUAAAUAGUGUAAAAAUGAAUGAAGAAAAAGAUAAAAUUGUUUUAAGUGGAUUAUUUUUAAAGAGAAUUAAAAAUCAUUAUUCAGUAAGAAUUAAUAGUGGAAUUCCAUUAAAUAUUGGAAAUAUUAGGUCAAUAGUUUCAUUCAAUAGUUCAACAAUUGUAUUGAAUAGAACAAUUGAUAAUGGUAAUGAAGUUGUAAGAGAAGUUUCAAUUUAUUUAUCAAAUUCUCCAUCAGAUUCAUAUUUAUUUGUAAAUGGUACAUCUUGGAUUAGCAUUGGUUCACCUGAACCACUUCCAAUUAACAAGAAUAAAAGUUCAUCAUUUAUAAGUUCAUUUUUUAGUUUUUUAAAUCCAUUUUGUUAUUUCUAA